UCUGUGCCACUUAUGAACACAAAUAUCUGAAAAUAGUAUGGCCUUUCUCUAUUUUAGCUUUAAGUCCUGAUAUGUCUCGCUUAAACUGAGUUGGAUGAGUUUAACUACUGGGCAGCGCAGUAAAAUGACACAAAAUAACCGUCUGUUAAUUAAUGCCUCCUGUCAUGUUUUCAGGAGGCUCACUGUUUAAUCAAUCAGUGCCUCGUAGACUCGGACACGUCAAGAAUCAAGGCGGCGCUACAAUGGAGCAGAGGGUCAUACCCUACCCACAGCAUAUAUUGCUCACCGGGGACGGUCUGUCUGCAGCUCAGUCUCUCCAGAGAAACACUGGCAGGAGCUUUCAGCGCUGAGCAAGUAUGGACGUAACCAAAGGAGAGGACCGCUCUGCUGAGCAGGCUGCGUCUUUAUUUGGGGCCUCAGAUGUGGAGAGCCAGAGGAGAAACAAUGAACGAGGACAGAAGAGGAGUAACUGGAAAAUCAUAACUGGGGUCCUGCUGCUGUGCUUACUGGUUGUUGUCCUGGCUGUGGUGUUUUCUCGGAGGAAGAGCAGUGAUGUGAAAGAAGGGGAGGUCUGGCUGCUGCAGGCUGAUCAGGGAGUUCAACAGCAACAGUGUCCACCGAGUUUUUCCAGACCUCCUCUCAUCCUGGUGUCCCUGGACGGCUUCAGGGCGGAGUACCUCAAAGAUCACAGCAGCCAUCUCCCUGUCAUCAACAAAUUACGACGUAUCGGAACAACAACACCAUAUAUGAGGCCUGUCUAUCCCACAAAGACCUUUCCCAACCACUACAGCAUCGUCACUGGUCUUUAUCCUGAGUCUCAUGGGAUUGUGGACAACAAGAUGUACGAUGUGACGCACAAUGCUUUCUUCAGCUUGAAAACUGAUGAGAAAUUCAGUCCAAAAUGGUACCAAGGAGAGCCAGUCUGGCUCACUGCCAUGCGUCAUAAAUUAAAGACAGGUACCUUCUUCUGGCCUGGAUCAGAUGUCCCCAUUAAUGGCACCUAUCCAAAUGUCUUCAUGAUGUAUGACAAGACCAUAGCAUUUGAGAAGAGAGUGUUGAAGGUGCUGGAGUGGCUUGAUUUACCUGAAGGAGAAAGACCGGACUUCUAUACUUUGUACCUGGACGAGCCUGACUCAUCUGGACAUCGUUAUGGACCAAGAAGCAGCCAGGUGGUUCAGGCUUUGGAGAACGUGGACAAGAUUUUGGGUCAGCUGAUGGAUGGCCUGACAAAGAGAAACCUGCAGAACUGUGUCAAUGUAAUGAUCGUAUCAGACCAUGGCAUGGAGGAGGCUUCGUGUGACAAGGCAUUAUUUGUGGCAAACUUCCUGGACAAUACCAGUGACUUUUCUGUCAUCCAAGGCCCAGCUGCUCGUAUCAGACCUGCCCUCCUCCCAGACAAUUACUUUUCCUUUGACUAUGAGAGCCUGGUGAAGAACCUGUCGUGCAGGACCUCUGACCAGCCAAUGAGGCCUUACCUGAAAGAAAACCUCCCCAAACGGAUGCAUUUUGCUAACAACAAACGCAUCGAGCGAGGACAUCUCUAUAUGAAAGAAGGCUGGCAGGCUGCACUUAACAGAAAGGAGCUUAAGUACUGCAUGGGCGGAUUCCAUGGCUCAGAUAACCUCUUCACCAACAUGCAGGCAAUCUUCAUCGGCUACGGUCCAGGCUUUAAAGAAAAAACUGUUGUGCCUCCUUUUGAGAGCAUUGAAAUAUAUAACCUCAUGUGUGACCUCCUUGGCAUUCGUCCCGCUCCAAACAAUGGAACUCAUGGAAGUCUGAACCACCUUUUGAAGCAUCCUGUCCACCUGCCAGUUCACCCCGCACAGCUCUCCCAUGACAUACCAUGUGAGGCCAGUGAUCCAGUCCCUGCUGAUGAUCUGCAAUGUACCUGUUUGUCCCAAACCAAGGAAAUGGAGACUUCUAUGAACAUACGGCUCCUGAUAAAUAAUUAUACAGCUGGUGUUAAAGCUGCCUUACGUCGCCUCCACCAUCCCUUUGGCACUCCCACAGUCAUCCAACCAGACACCUCUUUCUGUCUCCUCCACCACUCGGACUACCUCAACGGUUACAGCAGAGAUCGGCUGAUGCCCCUCUGGGUGUCGUACACCGUCCAUCCUCUGACCAGAGUCCGACCCCUAAGCCCAGAGUCGGAGGCAUGUGUUCGUGCUGAUAUUCGCAUCCCACCAGCCGCCAGCCAGCUGUGCCUGCGCUACAGAGACAACCCCAAUCUGUCCUACGGCCUGCUGCACCCCCCCAAUCUGAGCGAGGAUGGAAACGACUCUGACUCUUUAAUCACAAGCAACAUGGCACCAAUGUUCCCUGCAUUCAAAGAUGUUUGGACCCAUGUCCACGACGUCCUUCUUCCAAAAUAUUCACAACAGCUGAAUGGAGUAAACAUCAUAAGUGGGCCAGUAUUUGAUGAAGACUAUGAUGGAAACAUUGAUGCACCCAAAGCAAUCACAAGGCACGAGGCUCCUGUUCCGACACAUUUCUUCAUCAUCCUGACCAGCUGUAGGAACUCGACCUUCAGCCCUGGUAACUGUGAGGGUCCACUGCAGGCUAAGUCCUUCAUACUGCCUCAUAGGCCUGACCACACAGAAAGCUGUGCUAAUGGGUCAGACUUGGCAUGGGUGGAGGACUGGCUUCACUUCCAUGCAGCACGAGUCCGAGACAUCGAGCUUCUGACUGGCCUGAGCUUCUACCAUGACAGGAUAUCAGUGGAAGAGACACUACAGCUCAAGACUUUGUUACAGACUGUGUAACAUCACUGAUGUGAUCAAAUGUAGCUUUAACCUCCAAAGGAAGCCAUACUGGUCUGCACAGCAGGCCUCUGUCCAUGUGGACACAGAUUAUCCAUCAUCCCUGGGUUGACCUGUGACACACCUAUAAACAUUUUCCUCUGUUCAAACCUUAAUUGUUUGAACAUCAAGUUCCUUCCAGGUUUAUUUUUAUAUGUUUGAUUCACCCUAAAAUGCUUGAUUAUGACAUGUGUGGAAGCUGUAUAUAUAUAUUUGGUCUCGUUCAUGUUUUUUUGUUUUUAUUCAGUGAAGUUUGUCACUUUUUAAAGUUCAGAGCUUUAAACCAAAGACACCGACACAUCUGCUGACCAGCUCCAAAGAUUUUUUUCUCCAACAGGAAGUUUUGUUGGAAACAAAACAGAGGGAAAACAAACAUACUGAUUGAAGAAGUAUUUAUUUAUACUAAAGUGUUUUUUAUUGGCUGGGUGCUUCAUGAAACAUGACGAACUACAGUCACGUCUACUGCCACGCAUCUGGAAAGUAUGCUGCUGAAGUUGGAAUAACUCAAAACAUGAGAAUUAACGUAGAAUAAGUUUUGCUCCUUGAAAAGGAAAGUGUUGAACAUUUCUGUUUAAUUACUUUAUUUUUGUAUUCUUUUAUACAGCAACGAUGAUUUUAGUAUUUUGUAAAUUUGGUAAAUGCAAUUUUGAUAAAUUGUACAACUUUUAAGUGUUUGUUUUUCCAAAUGUAUGUAGACAGUGUAUGGAUGGGUUAUGAAAUUCUACGGCCCUGUAGUUCAUUUAAAAAAAUGUUUUUGUUCAACGCAGCAGAUAUCUGAGAUUAGUUUUCCAGUGAACAAAGACUUAACAGACCUUCUAAGCCCCUCCAACAGAGGACGAGGGUACAAAGACUGAAAGAGUAGUUUCUAUAAAUAAGUCUUUUUAAUGUCUCUCUUUGUGAGUGUUUUGUGUGUUUUAGCCAAUUUUACAUCCAUAUUUUGUUUAUGUUUUUUAUGAGUCUUUCCUAUACAUACAGCCAGCAGUGCGUCAUAGUUGGGGGGGAAAGAAUCCUUUUUCUGAGCCUACAAUACCGUGAACACACAGGUUUUAAACUCCAAUGCAAUAGCUAACAAGUUCUGCAGGUAAUGUUUCCUGCAUGUGCCCUAUUUAUACUGAUAACUAGAGUUUCCAAUGGGCAACAUGUGUUUUUAAUGUUUUUUCUCCAUUAUAUAUUUUUAGAAAUGUUGCAAGCUGUCUAUGACUAAUAAACCAGUGAAAUAUCUCCCCUAACUCUUCCAUUACGUAUCAAGGUUGGGUAAGUCACCUCUGUGUUACUGCAGCUGAUCAGACAGAGGAAGAGAGAGAAAGUUGAGCAUUCCUCCCGCUAAUAUAUGAGAAAGGGAGACUUCUUAUAUUAAAUGAGGUUUUUAUUAAAUUGAUGCAGUUGAUGUUAUUCCGCGCUCUAUAAAUUUGGGAUUGUUUCAAAUCUGCAUCAACCCUCCUCGCGCAGAUCAGCUGUUGCAGCCGAACCACUAAAUGUUAAGCAACACAUUUUAAAACCUAAAUUGUGUUAUGCUUAAAUAUAUAUGGCUAAAUAAUAUGCAUAAUGCAAAGCAAAACUGUAGGAAGCUGAGCAGAAGUGCUAUGUGUAUGAAGAGGAGGGUGAACACGCACAGAAUUGGAGUAGAGUGUAAAUAAAUAAGUAAAAUGAAGCCAUGUACGCAUAAGCUGAAAUUAAUUGAAAGAGAAGCACUAUACACAUACUGUUUGAGUCAAAAUUUCAACAUUCUCCUAUGCAGUCUUUAUAAUUUUAUUGCUCAGGAAAGAAGGGGAAAAAGAGACGCUCUUUAAAAAGAUAAACAAUUACCGCUCGAAAUUACAGCGAUGCCAAUUCGCACUGGAUUGGUAUUACCUGCAGACCUAUUUGCGUGCCGAAACAUGGUAGGUAAUUUCCCCUGAAAUUUUUACUCCACAAAUUAGACACAUUCAAUUCACAGGACUAAAAACACAGACAUCUCAUUAUUUCAACUUAGCAGAGGUCCCUAGGUAACACUAAUCCCAUGCAACUACAGCAUAAGAUUUAGAUUUUUAAGUUUAUUUGUAGUGCAGAGUACCACAGCAGCUCAUAAACAUUGGAUUUAGUAAUGUGCUCUCCCAUUCAGCAUCUGAUGGGACAGAUUGUGGGAGUUUCCCUUGAUGCUGACUGUAUCUAUGCCUCCAUCCCAUAUUUCAUCACUUUGGUUUUCUGUUUGUACUUUUGAAUUUCUUUGUGGCUGUUACCACUUUACGUAUGUUUGUUGGCAUUCAGCAUGUUGAAGUCAUUCAAUGUCUUUUCUACAUCUAUCCAACAUUUUUGCUCCUUGGAUCUUUUUUGUUGUCAUCAAGAAUCUUACAGUUGUUUUUUAUUCUACUUUGUUGUUUGCUCUUUGAAGUAAUUUUGUGUCCCUCCAUAAGAUGUUUUUCAUCUUUCUUUAGUCAUUUUUAGCAAUCUUUAAUGUCACUUUGCAUCAUUUUGUUCUUGUAGUUGUUUUGCAUCUCUUUUUUUUUAUGCCAGUGCAUUUCUCUAUCCCAUUUUAGUUUUUUUUUGUCAUCUUUUUGCAUUUCUUUGUAGUUUUAUAUUUGAUGUUGACAAUUUUGUCCUGAUAUUACAUUCUCAAUGCAACACAAAUCUCUCUGAUGCAGCCAAACUUCACUAUUUUUUUUCCAUGCUGGACACAAAGAGAACCUGUUCCUGUUUUCAAAAAAAUCAUAACCCAUCCAUUGCUGUGUGUAAAUGUUUGUGUCUAUCUGCGUGUUCAGCUGAUUUAUUUCUGGGAUCAACACACUUCCCCCUCAAUCUAUUUUAUCUUCCUGCUGUGUGGAAAUUAAGGCUUUUCCAAUGUGUACAGUAGCUCCUUUUUACAGCUUUGUCAGAAAUGGCAGCUAUGGUCCAAUAUGUACUUUCAUAAAAAUCUUUAA